GGAAUCUGAGAAUAAGAAAGUCAAUUGUCAACCUCCUGCAGCCUCGGCGUGGCGGACCUGUCAAGCCUCGCAAAAGCCGCGAACCCUGUGCUGAUCUCCCUCGCCCUCGCCUGUCUGCACGCCAUUGCCCCUUCCAAGAAUUUCUGGACCCUGCGGCUGUCCAUGCGUCAAAGCUGCGUCCUCGGCACCACCGCAACCACAUGUCUCUGAGCCUCAACUUCUCAACCUCGGCGCCGAUCCACUCCGUCUCCUUUAUCUUUGCCCGUUCGCCCUCUCUGUUUUCCAAGAGUAGACCUCGCCUACAUUUGCGACUUCCGCGACCCUUCCCGCAUCCCCGCAACCGUCCACAGCAGCUUCGUCCCUCAUCCACUUCGACGUCAAUCAUGGCAUCUGACACUCUCGGGGUGCUCAAGAAGCACAAGGUCACCGUCAUCGGAUCGGGCAACUGGGGCUCGACCAUUGCCAAAAUCGUGGCAGAGAAUACCAGGGCUCACCCGGACCUCUUCCACCAGGAGGUCCAAAUGUGGGUGUAUGAGGAGACGGUCACGUAUGGCGACAAGCAGGACAAGCUCACCAACGUCAUCAACCAACACCACGAGAACAUCAAGUACUUGCCCAACAUCAAGCUGCCCUCAAACAUUGUUGCCAACCCAUCGCUCCUCGACGCCGUCCAAGGCUCCUCUAUCCUCAUCUUCAACCUGCCACACCAGUUCAUCCAUAAAGUUUGUGAGCAGCUCAAGGGCAACAUUCUCCCCUUUGCCCGUGGCGUCUCCUGCAUCAAGGGUGUCAACGUCUCCGACGAGGGCGUCUCCCUCUUCUCCGAGUGGAUCGGUGAUGGCCUAGGCAUCUACUGCGGCGCCCUGUCUGGCGCCAACAUUGCCUCCGAGAUUGCUGCUGAGAAGUGGUGCGAGACCACCGUGGCCUACGACCCCCCGCCCAUGGAUCCUUCGCGCAACCCGUCCCGCAAUGCGACACCUCGAUCCAUGACGCCGAACCGUGCCUCGACCGCAGCCGACCGCGCCUCCGAGCUCAGCAUCACACCCUUGACUGCUGGCGGCACCGAAGAGCUCCAGCACAAGGACGCCCGUGGCCGGGCCAGCAAGACAAAGCUUACACCGGUCCCGAAGGAGUACCACCCGCUCGAUCACGACACUCUGUGGAAGCUGUUCCAUCGACCAUACUUCCAUGUGAGCAUGGUUUCGGACGUGGCCGGCGUGUCGCUUGGCGGAGCUCUCAAGAACAUUGUGGCGCUGGCUGCCGGCUUUGUCGAUGGCCGGGGAUGGGGCGACAACGCUAAGGCCGCCAUCAUGCGAAUUGGUCUUAUCGAGAUGGUCAGGUUCGGCAAGGAGUUCUUUGGCGAGACUGUGUCCGCAGCCACCUUCACCGAGGAGAGUGCUGGUGUGGCUGAUCUGAUUACCAGUUCCAUGGGUGGCCGGAACUUCAGAUGCGCCAAGAAGGCGGUCGAGCGUGGCGUCACUGUCCAGCAGAUUGAGGAGGCCGACCUGAACGGCCAGAAGCUGCAGGGCACCAGCACGGCGGCCGAGGUCAACUCGUUCCUAAAGCAGAGGGGCCUCGAGAACGAAUACCCCUUGUUCACGGCGGUUCACAACAUCCUUGAAGGCAGGAACACAGUGGACGAUAUCCCGCAACUCAUGAUGGAGGGGAGGCGGUAGACAAAAUGGCGAGCUAGGCGAGCCAGACGAUGGGGGCUUCGAAGGGGAACAGACGACAAUGGCAGAACUAAAGCAGUUGACACAGCCCUAUGAUAUAUUGAGGACCUUGGGAGGUUUCUCCGGACGACAAGGUAUGCUCAGGGCCCUGGACGGAUAAAAUGUCACAGAUGCAAGGGCAUGGUCCGGGUUCAGGCACGAGGCGGACCACCGACGGUCUGCUCUGAUUGGACCCGCCGGGCAGCAUUGUGCCGAAAGUCAUUAUUUCAACGGGCCUUGGCAAUGGACGUUGAGAGGACCAUAGACAUAUCCUUUGAAUCGGUGCCAAUGCAGUUUUGUUCUUACCUCUGAGACGU